AAGCGUGGCUGUGUAUCGAGUGUAAACCUCGAGAGCUGUCCGUUGAAGAUUUUAACCAAAUUUUAACAAAUUUAAUUUUAGUGGAAGCACAUACGCAAUGGCGCGUGUGUUGCCAAUUUUCUCUAUAUUUUUGCUGUGCUGUGCGCUGGCAACAUGUCAAGAUUCCAGAGACAAACUCGAAGGCGUUGAUGUUGAAGAGGUGUGCGCCGACAGACCCGCCGACGAGUACUUCCGUCUAGAUACCGACGGCGACUGUCGUGAAGUUUACAGAUGUGACAAUGCCGGCGAAAACGGCAAUACGCGCCUAGCCAACAUUAAAUGCGCCGGCGGCCUGGCGUUCGAUAUCACACGACAGACGUGCGAUUGGAAAUCGAAUGUCAAGAAUUGUGAUCAAAUUGAGAAACCACGUAAGGUUAAGCCCAUAUUGAAGACUGAUGAGCCCAUCUGCCCGGAGGGUAAACUAUCCUGCGGUGAUGGUGAGUGUCUUGACAAGGAACUGUUCUGUAACGGCAAGCCUGACUGCAAAGAUGAGUCCGACGAGAACGCCUGCUCCGUGGAUGACGAUCCAAAUCGCGCACCCGAGUGCGACCCCACACAAUGCGCCUUGCCCGAUUGUUUCUGCUCGGCUGAUGGUACGCGCAUACCUGGCGCCAUAGAGCCCACACAGGUGCCACAGAUGAUAACCAUCACCUUCAACGGUGCUGUCAAUGUGGAUAAUAUCGAUUUGUACGAAGACAUCUUCAAUGGUCAACGUCAGAAUCCAAAUGGCUGCUCGAUCAAGGGUACCUUCUUCGUUUCACACAAAUAUACCAAUUAUUCCGCUGUGCAAGAUUUGCACCGUCGCGGUCACGAGAUCUCGGUCUUCUCAUUGACACACAAAGAUGAUCCAAACUACUGGAGCAGCGGUUCGUACGAUGAUUGGCUCGCCGAAAUGGCUGGCGCUCGUUUGAUUAUCGAACGUUUUGCGAAUAUUACUGAUGGUUCGAUUAUUGGUAUGCGUGCCCCUUACUUGCGUGUCGGUGGCAACAAACAAUUUGAAAUGAUGGCUGAUCAAUUCUUCGUGUAUGAUGCCUCAAUCACCGCCUCGUUGGGACGUGUGCCCAUCUGGCCUUACACACUGUACUUCCGCAUGCCACACAAAUGUAACGGUAACGCACAUAACUGCCCAUCGCGUAGCCACCCUGUGUGGGAAAUGGUCAUGAACGAAUUGGAUCGUCGUGAUGACCCGACCUUCGACGAGUCGCUGCCCGGUUGUCACAUGGUGGACUCGUGCUCAAACGUCGCCUCCGGCGAUCAAUUCGCACGUCUAUUGCGUCACAAUUUCAACCGUCACUACAAUAGCAACCGUGCUCCAUUAGGUCUGCACUUCCAUGCUUCGUGGCUUAAGUCUAAGAAGGAGUACCGUGAUGAGCUUAUCAAAUUCAUCGAAGAGAUGCUGACACGUAAUGACGUAUUCUUCGUUACCAAUCUGCAAGUUAUCCAAUGGAUGCAGAAUCCAACUGAACUCAAUUCACUGCGUGAUUUCCAGGAAUGGAAAGAGAAGUGUGAUGUUAAGGGUCAACCCUACUGUUCGUUGCCCAACGCGUGUCCACUGACGACGAGAGAGCUGCCUGGAGAGACUCUGCGUCUCUUCACCUGUAUGGAGUGCCCCAAUAACUAUCCAUGGAUCUUGGAUCCCACAGGCGAUGGUUUCUCAGUUUAAGUUCGUUAGUAGAUUAGAAAAGAAUACACACACAUUACUCACACACACACACAAAACGUAGAAAGCAGAAGGAAGAAAAAUUGUAGUAAUUUAUAAUUAAGACCGGAAGGAGUUUUAUACAAAUUCUACUUUAUUACCUUUAUUUGUAACUUAAUAAUUGCAACUCGUAGUAGUUCCACCGAGAGUCUGAUCUAUUAAACAAAAAACUAAA